AUGUGACCCCGUGGUAUUAUUCACCUGACAUUUUUGUCGAUGCGUAACGCUUUCUCGUACGAAUAUACUUUGUGACCCGGCGAGCGGCCGCCUUAAAUUCUGAGGAAUUUGGGAUGUUAUUCUUUCGGAGACGGAAGCUACCAAGGGGGCGAAAAUUAGUGUGCUGCACUCUUUUAGUUAUAGUGAUCUUCAUUUUUUAUCAGAUUGUCACUUCUUUCAACGACGAAGAUGUGGAGUUUGACAGGCAGUGGACCUGUGAAGAACUUAAAGCGAAAGAUCGCUUGGUAAAGCUGGUAAGUAUCUUAAGAGCUGCUUUUCAAAGGGAAGUGGUUACAAAUAUCGAAAAUUUAAUUACGUUAAUGAUCGACAACAGGAAUGUAGCGUGGUUUCUAAGAUAAGUUAAUCUAGCAUCAAUCAAAAUCGGUUAGUGGGAUAGUGUAUUUCAUUAAAAACAUUCUGGAUGAAAAUGAGUAAUUAAAAUCAAUGCGGAAGUCAAUGUUCACAUGAUACAUUCAAAACUCAUCGUUAAACGUUAUAUCGUCUCUUUCUUUCGUCGCUCAGCAAUUAUAAAUUAAUUGGAUAGAAGUAUUUUUUGUAUACAUAUUUUCUCGAACCACUCCGUUAUAAUGAAAUCCGCGAUUCUUUUACGCUAGGACGUGGUUAUUAAGCCGUUAAUUAUCUGCUGUCUUCGUGAAUCUUAUUUAAGCAAUCCACCCUUCCUUUUCCGAACUGUUUUUGCAAAUAAUCUCCUAACUCUUCUAAUGUCCUCUGUCUUUGCAGUCUGAUUUAUUGUACCUUACCUAUUCUAGAAUUUUCGGUACCUCCUCUCCAUGAUUCUGGAGUCUCCCUGGCCUAAAGAAAACAUCUACCUGCCCUUUAAGGCCCUGAGAGGUUGAUAAAAUACUUGCAAUAAUGUUUUCAAGAAAAUGAAGAUUUAUGUCCAAUUCAGUCAACUUAUUUUUUUCCCUUUUCAAGUGCAAAGAUUUUACCAAUGGUAACACUGGGGGAAAUCUCUGUCGUGACUUGUGCACAAGUGGUGAACUAGUCAUCCAAGACUGUCUAGCACAUAAAAACACCACCAUUGUAUUUUCUGGCACAUGGAGAAAAAAUGAUAUUGUGUUCAAGACAAAGAGACGUCCUCAUCAUGUUGAAAACCUUGAGGAUGUACUGUCUAUUGGAGUAAGUGGUAAGUCUAUUUGAUGAAUUUCUGACUAAGUCUGUUAAAUUUUAGAGACAAUUAAAUAGUCUAAAAAGUCCAAAUAACUUUUCCAGUUGACUUGAAAGGAAAAAAAUUAUCUGUUUUUAAAGCAAAACAAAAAAAUUUUGAUAAGUAAUUUCUAAUUUUAUUAUUGAGGGCCUCACUAAUCCUCAUUUACAUACCAAAAUUUAUAAUAGUGUGCAUGGCUAUCUGUAGUGGACCAGAAACCCAACCAGGAGGACUUAACUAAGCAUUAACACUCCAAGUGGCAUCAUCCUGAUCAAGACAGAAAAAGGCCCAUGGAAAUAGUUUUUGGCUGUCAGAAAGAAUUAGUAAUAGUUUUCAUGUAAAACAGUUCAAGUAUUAUUUAAAACCCAAAAAGGGUUCUGCAUGCACUUUCACACUGAAUAUAGGACCAUCUGAGUCUGCCAAGUACACCAUUGUAAUAACAGAGUACCUUUUUACUUCCUUUUCCUCAGUUCCAUCCCAUUCUCUUCCCAAACCUCACUCUGAUACUAGCACAAUCAUGCCCUUAGCCUAGUUACUAAGGGAAUGCCUGGAACAGGUUACCUCCACCUUCAAUCCCCCACCCCUCUCCAAUCCAUUUUCUCUGCCAGUGAUUUUGUGAAUUCCAAAUUUGAAGUUGAAGUGAGCGUUUGUUUGUCAAUCAACAGAUGAUGAACCUACUGCUGGAGAUGAACAAGUGUACAAAAACUUUGUAUUUCAUGUGUUUGAUCAUGUACAGAAUGAAUUAUCCUUUUUUAGACUGAAAGACAUGAUUGGGUCAGAACAACAGGUGCUUGAACUUCUUUGGCAUCCACAUCCAUUAGGAGAGCUUACCUGGGCAGAUAUGUCAAGUUUGUGGCUGUUAAUUCAAAGAGAUGAAUUCAUCAAGUUACAACUAUUAAAAGAGAUGAAGCACAUUCCAAGAGUGUAUGGAUUCUGUGGCAGCUUUUAUGCUGUAGAGAAGGUGGAAACAUUAGAAGGAUUUUCAUUCACCCCAUUUAAAAGGCCAAUGCCCUGGAAAAAACGAUUAAAUGCUGCUCUGGACUUGCUAGAUCUUUCGAAAGAAUUUACAGAGACACCUUUGGGACAACUACAUCACUGCGACAUACAACCUGGUAAUUUUGGUGUUGCCAAAGAUAAGAGAGUUGUAGCCCUCGAUAUUGACUCUAUGUUUGCAACAAAACAAAUGGAGGAUUUCCUGGAACAACCAACUUGUGAAAGUGAUGCGCAAUGUGACUUUUUUGACUGCGUGUCUGCUUGUAAUACAACAGAAAAUAAAUGCUCAAGAAAAAUUCUCACCAAUAACCUACAGGUAAGAUUUAGCAGACGUGGGUUAUAGUGUACUUUAUUCUUUAUGAAUAAAGCUUGGUAGAGUGGAAUUGAUGAUCUGAUCAAGGGGCUUGGCAAUUAAGUUUUCAAUGGGCUGUAACAUUACUUCCUCAAACACCAACAAGACCAAGAAGCUUUAGAAUGAACUCAACCAUUGUAGAGGAAAAGCCAAAUGCACAUAAAUACAUGUGUUAAUUACUACUAAAUUAAUGGUUUUCAGUAAAGAGGUUCCAGAAACCAUCAAGCUUGGUUUGUGAACUUUUAUUUUAAAUGAAAUUUCAAUUACUAGGGCUCUUUAAAUUCAUUUUUGUUAUCAUGUUAAAAUGCUACUGGAGGAGAACAUGCACAGAUAAAUAUUGCAUUAAAUUUACUCAAGGUUAUAUUCACCUGCAUGAUGCACAUUAAAUAUUAUGUAUUUCCACUUAAACAAAUUAAUAAUUUAUAAUAAUUAUAUAAUUAUUUAUAAUAAAUUAAUAAAUUGCAGAUCAUCUGUCGGGACAUUUUGCUGUCAUAUUGGGGGCAGCCUGGAUUACUGCAGAGAGCUCCCAUCCAUGCUCAGAACAAACUCUCACCUGUGUUGUCAGACUGUGCGUCAGACAAAAUGUUACCAUGGAAGCCAGGAAAAAUAGAAAGAAUAUAUAGGAAGCUCAAGACAGUUCUCUCAGAAGAACUUGUGUCCAACUAGUAUUGGACUGGGACUUCUGUUUUUGUAUUUGAAUAAACAUUUAAAUUUUCUAUUUAGUGAGGCUAAGAGUUUGGACUUAGGUUGAAGAAUUUCAAUUAGGUUUAUUUAGUCUAUAUAUAUAUGUUGGGGUAUUUAUAAAAGAAC